ACCAUAAUAAUUAGUGAGGAAAAAUCAAUGCAAUGGCGCCCAACUUUUGGAGUAAGACAGGAUUCCAAGUUGUCUAUAAAGUCCAAGGCUUUGGUUGAUUCAAAUGCACAAAGGUAUCAAGUGUGUGGUUUGUUGAUUUAGAGAAGAUGGAGGCUAAAUCGUUUUGGGUACUACUCACUACACUUCUGUUCAUCAUACGAGGGUGGCGACAGAUUGAGGGGUGCUUGGAGCAGGAGAGAAUUGCUCUCUUCCAACUCAAAUCUUUCUUCAAUGACCCUAUCGAAUUGAAGGACUGGGUAGAUGUGAAGGGUUCGAAUUGUUGUCAAUGGGAAAGAGUUAAGUGCAACAUCACUAGUGAACGAGUAAUAAGUCUCAAUCUCAAUGGCGCACGUCGAAGUACUUCAAAGGGGUAUCUCAAUGUCUCUUUAUUUCUUCCAUUUGAAGAAUUGAAGAGUCUUCAUUUGAGUAACAAUAAAAUUGAAGGUUUUGUGGAUAAUAAAGUAUCUUUAUUAUCAGCUUUCGACAACUUGGAAUUCCUCCGCUUAUACGGCAAUAACUUUAAUGACAGUAUCUUAUUAAGUGAGAAAAUGCAACCGAUAAUAAAUUUGGAAGUGCUUGAUUUGUAUGGUAAUCUCUUGAACAACAAUGAUCUGACAUAUCUGAAAGGGUUAUCAAGUUUAAAGUCCUUGCGCAUUGGAGGAAACCAAUUGGAAGGGUCAAUAGAUAUUAGAGUGUUGAAUAAUCUGACAAAGUAAAAGGAGUUGUACUUGAUGGACAAUAAAAUUGAAAGCCUCCUAUCUCCCCAUGAUGGUGAGAGGUCACUUAAUUUGACCAAUUUAGAAGUGCUUUAUUUGGGUAACAACUUCUUCAACAACAGUUUAUUAGCACAGCUAAGUGGGCUUUCCAAUCUAAAGUCAUUGUAUAUGUACAAUAACCAGCUUAAAGGAUCAAUAAAUAUCAAAGUAUUGAAUAAUUUGACGAGGCUAAAGAUGUUGAAUUUGAGAGAGAAUAAAAUUGAGAGCCUCCAAUCUCCCCAUGAUGGUGAAAGGCCACUAAAUUUGACCAAUUUAGAAGAGCUUAAUUUGGAUUACAACUCUUUCACAAACAGUUUAUUGGCACAGCUUAGUGGGUUUUCCAAUCUAAAGUCAUUGACGAUAGGGAAUAACCAGCUUAAAGGAUCAAUAAAUAUUAAAGAAUUAUUAGAUUCUUUGAGCAACUUAGACGAGCUAGACAUAAGCGGGAGUGAUGUGAAGGAAUUUGUGCCCAUAAAGAAUAAAGAAAAUGGAAGUUUGGGAAAGCUAAAGAUUGCUACAUUAGACAAUGUGUUCACUGGUGGAACUACUUCUCUAAUACAGCUUCUGGAGACAUUCUCAUCUGUUAAGACUUUAUAUUUGAGACACAAUCACUUCAAUAACACAUUUUCUACUCAAGGUAUAAUAUGUAUGUAUGUGAAUAUAUAAAUUUAUAAUUUGAUUCCAUUUGAAAAUAUUAUUUAUUUAACAUCAGUCAUUUAAAUAA